CAUUCGCGAGCCGGCCGUUUCGAGAUUAUAAAUACCGCCGGCCGCAGUCAUUUCGAUGUCAGUUUCGAGUCUUAUGUUCAACGGUACACAUCCGUGAAACACUGCGCUCAUUUUGUUCAAUUGCUGUUCAAGAAUAUCCCGCGAAUUUUUUCUAUUGCUAAUUUUGUUGCAACAAAACAUUGACCGUAAGUAACGUCUAUACAUCCUGUUUAACUUUUUUUUUUUUUUUGUUUUUUUUUGAAACAGUCCAAGUUAGGUUAAAUUUUUAGUCUGAUCUAUCAAUCUUACAUUUUUUUUUUGUUUAAACAAUUAUGUAGGUAUUUUUCAUUUUGCAUAUUAUUAUACUAAUAUAAUUCUUCCAUUUAACUUGUGGUACUAGGUAAUCUUACCUAAUAUCUUGAAUACCUAACUUUUAUUUAUUUGGUUCAAUGUUAGUGAUUAUAUGUGUCCAAUUUGUUGCGAUUUACUUUUUUCUGUUUUCCAAUCCCUGAAAUUACCUUAGUUUCAUUUGAGGACUUAGUUUAAAUGUUUCACAAUAAUGGUAGACUAAUGUUCCUAUUAAAUAAACAAAAAAAACUUAUUAUAAGUUUCCUUCAUUUAAUUCUCUCUCUUUAAAAUAUUAUUUUUGCUUUUCACAGAUGCCUGAAGACGUAACCAUGGCCUCUGAAACCGAAGAUGUAGAGACUUUCGCUUUUCAAGCUGAAAUUGCUCAGCUUAUGUCUCUCAUCAUCAACACAUUCUACUCCAACAAAGAAAUCUUUUUACGAGAAUUGGUAUCCAACUCUUCUGAUGCAUUGGACAAGAUUCGUUACGAAUCCUUGACAGAACCAUCCAAAUUGGAAUCUGGCAAAGACCUUCACAUCAAAAUCAUCCCCAACCAGGAAGCAAGAACUUUAACCAUCAUUGACACGUAUGUAUAUAUAUUGAACACGUUACCUUAGGGUAUUUUUAUUGUUUUUUCUGACUUACAUUUACUUUACAUUUUAGCGGUAUUGGUAUGACUAAAGCUGAUUUAGUCAACAACCUGGGAACCAUUGCCAAGUCUGGUACCAAGGCUUUCAUGGAAGCUUUGCAAGCGGGUGCUGAUAUUUCUAUGAUUGGUCAAUUUGGUGUGGGUUUCUAUUCUGCAUAUUUGGUUGCUGAUAAAGUCACUGUUGUCUCUAAACACAAUGAUGAUGAACAAUACUUAUGGGAGUCUUCUGCUGGAGGUUCAUUCACCAUCCGAUCUGAUCCUGGUGAACCAUUGGGCCGUGGUACCAAAAUUGUUCUUGAAAUCAAAGAGGAUCAAACUGAAUUCCUUCAACAAGAGAAAAUCACAGGCAUUAUCAAGAAGCAUUCUCAAUUUAUCGGCUACCCUAUUAAAUUGAUCGUAGAAAAUGAACGCACCAAGGAAGUGAGUGAUGAUGAAGCAGAAGAAGAAAAGAAAGAAGGUGAAGGUGAGACUGAAGAAGAUAAGAAACCUAAGAUUGAAGAUGUUGGUGAAGAUGAGGAUGAAGAUAAGAAAGAUGAAGAUAAAGACAAGAAGAAGAAGAAGACUGUCAAAGAAAAGUAUUUAGAUGAGGAAAUUUUGAACAAGACCAAACCCAUCUGGACACGUAAUCCUGAUGAUAUCAGCCAAGAUGAAUAUGGUGAAUUUUACAAAUCUUUGACCAAUGACUGGGAAGAUCAUUUAGCUGUCAAACACUUCUCUGUUGAAGGUCAGCUUGAAUUUAGAGCACUGUUAUUCAUUCCCAAGCGUGCCCCCUAUGAUAUGUUUGAAAACAAGAAGAAGAAGAACAAUAUUAAAUUGUAUGUGCGUCGUGUAUUUAUUAUGGACAACUGUGAAGACCUUAUGCCAGAGUACUUAAACUUCAUCAAGGGUGUUGUAGACAGUGAAGAUUUACCCUUAAACAUCUCUCGUGAAAUGCUCCAACAAAACAAGAUUUUAAAGGUUAUCAGAAAGAAUUUGGUUAAGAAGUGUUUGGAAUUGUUUGAAGAAUUGGCUGAAGACAAGGACAACUACAAAAAGUUAUAUGAGCAAUUCAGUAAGAACUUAAAACUUGGAAUCCACGAAGAUAGCGGAAACAGGAAAAAGCUCUCAGACUUGUUGAGAUUCCACACUUCUACCAGCGGUGAUGAACCGUGUUCCUUGAAGGACUAUGUUGCGCGUAUGAAGGAAAACCAGACAUGUAUUUACUAUAUCACUGGUGAAAGCCGUGAACAAGUAUCCAACUCAUCAUUUGUGGAACGUGUCAAGAAACGUGGCUUUGAAGUUAUUUACAUGACUGAACCCAUCGAUGAAUAUGUUGUACAACAGAUGAAAGAGUAUGACAACAAGAGCUUAGUGUCUGUAACCAAGGAAGGAUUAGACUUACCAGAAACUGAUGAAGAGAAGAAGAAACGUGAAGAUGAUCAAACCAAAUUUGAAAAAUUAUGCAAAGUUGUCAAAGACAUUUUGGACAAGAAAGUCGAGAAAGUCAUUGUUAGUAACAGACUUGUUGAAUCUCCUUGUUGUAUUGUCACUUCGCAAUAUGGUUGGACUGCAAAUAUGGAGCGUAUAAUGAAGGCUCAAGCACUUAGAGAUUCGUCUACCAUGGGUUACAUGUCUGCUAAGAAACACUUGGAAAUCAACCCAGACCAUCCGAUUAUAGAGACUCUCAGACAAAAAGCUGAAGCUGACUCUAAUGACAAGGCUGUAAGAGACUUGGUUAUGCUGUUGUUCGAGACCAGCUUAUUGUCAUCUGGUUUUGGGCUCGAAGAUCCUCAAGUACAUGCUUCCAGAAUUCACCGAAUGAUCAAAUUAGGUUUGGGAAUUGACGAAGAUUUACCUGAUAUAAUUGCCAGUGAAAAAUCUGCUGAGGUUGAUGAAUCAUCCAACCUUGUUGAAGUAGCUGAUGCUGAAGAUUCAUCCCGUAUGGAAGAAGUUGAUUAAUUACAUACACAAAGUAAUUUUAUUUAACAAGAACAUUUCCUAAUUUUUUUAUUGUUAUAAAUAUUAUUUUGAGACUGAUUUGUCCAUUCUUUUUUUUUUUUCUUAUUUAAAAUUGUUCCAAAACAACUACUUUAAUUGUAUUGUAUCUGGUGUAGAUAAAUGAUUUAUUAUUAAACACCUGCAUCAUACUACUAUACUGUUUGCUUGCAGAAUUGUCUAGUUCAUUGUAAGUUAUGAGUUUUGAAAAUAUACAAUUAACAUUAAACGGAAUAAUUUUGUAUAAUAAAAUGUUUUGUUUCUUAACCAUCUUUUAAGUAUAUGUGUGUAUAUAUUUGUAAUCUAUUUCUUUUAAAUAGGUCUACAAAUUGAGUUACUAAUUGGAUUUUGAGGAGAAAUUGGUUGUCUUAUGUUAUCUUAGAUAAGGUAAAUUAUAAUUAACUAAAGACAUUUUGCCAAGAGAUCUUAACUUUUUUGAUCUUUAAUCUGUGUUAAUAAUUUUAAACUCUUAAUUUGAUGAUAAUCAACUAUUUAUCAAUUAUGUAUUCAGUUUACUAGAAAUUAUAUUGCUAAGUUUUAUUUGACAUUUAAAUUUGAAUUGUUUUUGGUAAAUUAUAAUUCGGUAAUGUGAAGGCGAAAUGUUUUUUCAUUUAAAAUUUAAUCCUUCAAUUCAAUUUUGAAAUGAAUGUGUUCAGUGGUAAAUACAUUUUUUUUUUAUCCCUUGGACUCUAUUGGUGAACCACACAAGAAUGAAAUAGUAUUUUUAAACUUUUUUUUAAAAAACAUAACUGAAACUAAAAUGUGGUAAUUAUAAACUUUUUUGUACCUUAUACAACUUGUAAUAAUUUUCAAGAGAAAUUUAAAUAAAAGUUUAAAAAAUCUAAAAUAAUAAAGUGAAAAAAAAAUUAUUAAAAUGAUUAUUAAUACUUGAAAAUAAAUAAACAAUGUGUUGCUUGCCUGAAGUAAUAUGACAACCAGUUAUGAAUUAAAAAUUGAUCAUUGGGUAUAACACAGUCAAAAUGUAAAGUCUCCUUUUACACUUCUUAUAAUUGUGUAAUACACUUGUCUUAUUACU